AUGACUAAAUUACUAAUAGAAUUCACAAAAAAACCCUCUUUAAAAACACUAAGAAAAAAUAUAAUAAAAAUUAACAAUAACGACCUAGAUAACAAUGUGGCACUAAACUUCUUUUCCAAACUUUAUGCCCCAAUUAACAAUGAAGAAAAAUUAGAUAUUAAUCCAAUUUUACAUGAGUUUCUAACAAGUACUAAAAAAGAGCUAGAUAAAAUAGAUAGAAUUAAAAUACCAACUAACGAAGAAAUAACCGAACUAAUAGAUAGAAAAGCUAACUGGAAAGCGACUGGACCAGAUGGAAUUCAUUCCAUGUGGUACAAGCACUUUCCAGUAACAAAAAAGGUAUUAACAGAAUGGGUAAAAGAGAUAUGGCUUGGUAAUACUAAGAUACUAAAAAAUAGCGAUUCUGAGGGUAACAUGCACUUAAUAUUUAAAGAAGGAGACCCUUCUGACCCAGCAAAUUACCGCCUAAUAACAUGCUUAAUUUACAAAUAUAAGAUACUAACAGCCUCAAUUUACGAAAAAUUAGACCCAUUACUAACUGACUCCCUAAUUUUUCCAGUUGAGCAAAAAGCAUUGAAAAGAGGGUGUAGAGGUUGCACAGAUGCAUUACUGAAAGAUGCAUCCAUACUAAUAAAUAAUAGAAUAACAAAUAGACAAAAAAAUACUAACCUGCAUGUUACCUGGAUAGAUUUUAGUAAGGCAUUUGAUAGUAUAGAUCAUAGAUGGCAAAGAAAAAUAAUAAACAUACUUUCAUUCCUAUUAACAACAAUUAACACAUUAAUAAAACUAACAGAAUCUUGGCAUAGUAGCAUAAUAGUAAAUAAAAAUAGCAUAGGCUCAUUUAAAAUAAGUAGAGAAGUUCCUCAAAAAGACUCCUUAUCUCCUUUACUUUUUUGCAUGAGUAUAGCAGGCAUAGGUUUCGGAUUAAAUAAAAUAGAUGGCUUCAAAUCUACAUUACCAAUAACCACAAACCAUCAAUAG